GAAUAACAACUACAAGAUGAUCUUUGGAAGUGGAACCAAACUUCAUGUAAAUGGCAAGGAGGACAAGGAGCCGUCCGUCUACAAACUGAACGAUGAACAAGACACCACAAAGGCAUGUCUCGCCACCGGUUUCACCAGAAUCAACAAGCUGAACACCACCACCUUCCCGCUUUUCAACGGGACGGAGGCUGUCAUGGCGUUAGAAGAAGGAGAAGAACAGAGUGAAUCAGUGUACACCCAAGUGGUUACCUUAACGACUCAGACUGAAACACAAUGUGAUCAAUUGGCGGCUGUGUCUGGUGGUUGUGGAGAUUCUUUGGAGGGAGAUCUGCUGGUGAACCUGAUGUCUCUGACGGUGAUCGGUCUGCGCCUGAUCUUCAUAAAGACGGUCAUCUUUAACGUCCUGAUGACCUUCAGACUGUGGAUCAGCCAAUAAUCCCUACAGACCAGAGGCAGAGAAAGCAGAGGUGACGGACGUACAGAAGCUCAGAAGUGUCGCCUUCAUGUCGUCUCUUUUGUUUAAAAUGUAAAAUUAAAUGUAGAAAUAUCAAAGUGACGGUUCAUGUGUUCAUAUAGUCACACUUUAAACUGAAACAGAAGCUUCUCUUUAAAUAUCAUAUCACUCUGAUGUUUAAAAUCUUUAUUUUUCUUAUUUUGAUGAAUGAAUUUUGUUGACUUAUGAAGUUUUAUCUUUAACUGGUUGUCCUGAUGUUCGUUGAAAACGACUGAAAGUUUGUUAAAAGUUCUGAGAUUUCAAUAAAAG